AGGAACGAUUUAAUAUGAUUCAAGCUGUGAUUGCAAGAGAACUAAGGCUGUAGUGUAGACCGUUCACAAGCCUCAUCACCAAUGACGACGUCAACGUGACUGCCGAGCAGACAUGCGGGCCAGGCUGACGUCACUCUGUUGAAGGUGACGUCACUGCUGUCACGUGACUGUGACGUCAUGGCCAGGCUGCUGCUGUUGGCCAUCAUCCUGGUCAACUUUGUACACAGCUGCGUUGCUGCUUCCGGAGAGUGCCAGGCACCUUUAGGGAUGGAGGAAGGCAGAAUCCCAGACAACGCCAUCUCUGCGUCCUCCUCUUAUGAAGUGAAAUCCGUUGGGCCUCAGAAUGCAAGGAUACGACAGGAGCUGAACGGCGGCGCCUGGUGCCCGAAGGCGCAGAUCAGCAGCACGAUCAGAGAGUACCUAGAGGUGGACCUGGUGAAGAACCAUCUGAUCACUUGGACAGAAACCCAGGGGAGGUUCGGGAAUGGCCAGGGACAGGAAUACGCGGAGGCUUACCUGGUGGAGUAUUGGAGGGACUCCCUACAGCAAUGGGUCGUGUACAAAGACACUAGGGGAGAAAAGGUACUGGCUGGGAACAGCAACACCUACCUGGUUGUGAAGCAGCCCCUGGAACUGCCCUUUGUCGCAAGCAGAGUCAGGUUCAUCCCCUACAGUGAGCAUCCUCGCACUGUCUGCAUGAGGGUGGAACUGUACGGGUGUCCAUGGGAACAAUCAGUAGUCAGCUACAUGGCCCCCAAGGGAGACUCAGAGUUCGAAGACCUGAGCUACGACGGCUACCUAGACGGGGUGACUAUGAGAGGAGGGCUGGGACAGUUGGUGGAUGGCGUGUUGGGCUCUGAAGACUUCCUGGACGAAACUUCUACAGGCAGCAGAUGGGUCGGUUGGUUGAACGAUUCCCAGGACAGCGAACCAUUGGAAAUCAUUUUUGAGUUUGACGGCGUUCGAGAGUUUUCUGCGAUGCAUUUACAUACAAGCCACGUUGUCACUAGGGAUGUACAGGUAUUCUCGGAGGCAAUGGUGUACAUGAGUCUAGAUGGUGAGAGGUAUCAGCCAACUCCAGUCAAGUUCCACCCCUUGGUAGAACGACCCCGUGAUCUGACAGCCAACAUUACCAUCCCCUUGCACAACAGGAUCGGAAGAUUCCUCAGGCUACAGCUCAGAUUCUCCUCCAGAUGGAUCUUACUCAGCGAAGUUUCCUUCGACUCUGCGUUCAUCUUGGGCAACGUGACGGAGGAGUCGCUAGAACAGUUUUACUUGCAGCAGCAGGACAGUGUGCAAGACAUAGAGCCACAGUCAGGAGUGGGGGGAGAUCUGACGACGCAUGCGCGGAAGGAGGUUACCCCCGCCACCAGCCCUGCUAGCAACACACAGGCGUACAUCGGCCUCAUCACCGGCGUGCUUGCCAUGGUAGUCCUACUGGCUGCGUGCACUGUCAUGAUCAUGGUGCGUCGUGGACGCAAGAAGGUUGCUCUACUUCAUAAGCACACUGCCCUCGUCUCCAGCACGACCAAACCAGGGGUGACCAUCAAUAUGAAAGAUCUGAAGAUGAACAUGUCCACCCCCAUCAUCAACAACGGUGUGUCUCGGUCUAGGUUGGCCACUAAAGGCAAGACAGGGAUCAAGAAGAACAGCAUAUACGGCCACAUGGGAGGCGAAGAGAGUGAAGAUAGUGAGAACUCAUCUGUCUACCAUGAACCGUACAAGCUAUUGCCGUCAGGCAAGCAAGAAUACGGCUGUCUGCUCAAGAAGGAGACCAUAUCCUCGAGCAAGAGUGGAGAGUAUACCGGUCUUUGUCGUUCGCUAGACUUCACCAGUGUCAACAGUUUUGCGGAUGAGGUAAAGUUCUCCUCGCCCUCACUGUACAACUUGACACCCCCGCCACCACCCGCCAGCCGACCACCACCCUAUGAGCUCACCACCAACUUCAACACCACCACCCUCUCCAAGUCACUCAGCCUGGGCAGUGCGCAGCAGCAACCGCUGGAGAACUACUACGCAGCCACCGACAUUGUCAAGACGGAGAGGAGAGAGCAGCAUCUGACGACAGGCAAGUUCACUCCUAUGAAGCUGCCUGAGGGCACGCCCAAAGAAAACAGCCCAAUCUUAGAAAUGUCCCGGCACCGUCUACGUGUCAUUGAGAAGCUGGGAGAGGGACUAUUUGGGAUGAUUCAUUUAUGUGAAAGUGAUGGAGUGCCGGAGUACAACGGCGUCUCAUCAUAUCACAAGAAGCAAGUUCUAGUCAAAUCUUUGUGGAGGGGUUGUAGUGAAUCGACAAAGAAAGAGUUCCUGAGGGAGACCGCGUGGCUGGCAAGCCUGAGGGACCCCAACCUGGUCCGGGUGGUCGGUCUCUGUAGCCAGGAAGAGCCCCUGUGUAUCCUGCAGGAACAUUGUGAGUUUGGAGACCUCCCUACCUUCCUACAGCUGCAGGCUGGCGCUGGAGCUCAAGACAACAAUCCUGCAAUUAGCUACGGGUGUCUCAUAUACCUGGCCACGCAAGUAGCUUCUGGCAUGAAGUAUCUAGAAGCUCUCGACAUUGCCCACAGAGACUUGGCUGCCAGGAACUGCAUGGUGGGCAAGAACUACCAGCUGAAGGUGUCGGAUCACGCUAUGUACUGCAGCCAGUACGAGGCGGACUACUACGUUAGUGACACCAAGGCGAAGCUGCCAAUCCGGUGGAUGGCCUGGGAGAGCCUGCUACUGGGGAAGCACACGCCGAAGAGUGAUGUGUGGUCGUUCGCCGUCACACUGUGGGAGAUCCUCAUGCUGUGUGCCCAGAGGCCGUUUGCCGAGUUGACCAACGAGCAGGUAGUGGAGAACUGUAGCCACUGGUACCAAGGGAACGGUCAGCAGAGGACGGUGCCACGACCAGCCGCGUGUCCUAGGGAGAUCUACGACCUGAUGGGCGAGUGCUGGAAGCGGCAAGAGGAGGACAGACCGCGGUUUACCGAGAUCCACCUCUUCCUACAACGCAAGAACCUCGGCUUCGUCCCCGCGAUAGGAUAAUACCACUGUCACCACACCGCGUGUCGAACUACGUACAAAUUGUUUGUUUACGUUUCCUUUCUACUCCGAGAAAUAAGUAGGCCUAUCUACUAUUCGAAGACUUACUCACUCCGUGUCUUUCUUGAGGUGAUAUGUGAUGGUCAGAGUGAAUGGAAUCGGUUUUGUAACGAGACUGUAUGGGUGAAUGUUUUUUAGAAACACAAAUUUAUUUGACUCUCGGUAUUUGUGCACGAACAUUUGUAAAUAAGCACUUUUACUAUCGAAUCGACGGACCGUUUCGCGUCCGCGCGGAUAUUUUGUAUAAAACAUAAAACCUAAAAAUCUAUAUUCGGACAUCGGAAUUUCUAUGUAGUUCGUUACGACCCUAUUUGACGUAGUUUCACCGAUGACAGUGGGUAUUCAGUCCGACGACAGACUGGACCGUCGUGUCGUCGGACCGGACUGUACCGUGCUCAAAAUUCGUUCAGUGUUCCAUUGCCGUGCAAUACGGAGUGUACAUACGUGUUUCUAUCUUUGCCGCACACUGUAUUUAUAUGUGACUACGAGUAUUUUUUUAUCUUCGGAUGGUGAGCCCGAUUAGUUGGAUACCUCUAUUUUCGUGGAUCACACAAUCCCGCUCUUCCUGUCUAGUUGUAAGCUGUACAAUAAGAACUCGACUUACUAUAGCAAUCUCUGGACUGGACCGUGUGUUCGGCCCCACAACGCCUACAUCUAGCUUCUAACUAAGUGAUUCUAGUUUCCUAUGUUUGUUAAUAAUUAGUUUGUUAGUAAUGUUGAAUGUUUAGAUGAACGAGGCCACGCUUCUACGUGUAUUUGCUUUUAUAUACUUCUUUUUACAUUUUUUAAACAUAGACCAAUCAUUUGUGAGGAUCGACGGUUCUUGUUAUCACUGUUACGUGUACAUACAUUUUAGUAUUAGUCCACAUAUCCUCUGUUUGCAUGUAGUCUGUAUAUAUAGGGUAGUAAGGUAGUUCGGUCGGUUCUCCGGUGAUAUUGACUCAACGAACCUUUAGUGUUUAUUAUACUGGCUGGUUUCGCCGUACAUUUUGUCGCGUUUCUUUUGUAUGUUGUAUAUUUUAAGGACUAAUAUCAUUCUAAAUCGUUACACCCUUGGAAAGAAAGAUAGAAUUCUUCCAGUGACCAAUCCUCUGUACAUAAUAAAAUUGUUAUCUAUACCUUAUACUUUGAAGAAGAAUAAGGAUCUCUUAUUUCCGUAAUCGUUAUUAAUUCUAUCUAGUUUUAUAGUUUAUUCUAUUAUGUUUAGGAUAACUAGAAACAGAACAGCUGUGUUAGUGAUGUAUGCUCGCUACAAUCCUUAGAUCGACUUCAAGUAUAUGUCACGCCUUACUAAGGGAAUCCAAGAAAGCUCUUAUGUUAGAUGUAUAGUAAAUAUUUGACAUAAAGUUAUAAUACCUGCAUAUCAUACAAUCAUUUAUAAUAAUUUAUCUAAUACAUACAUAUGAAUAAUAUCUAACGAUGUGUUAGUUUUGUAUGAUCAUCCAAAAAGAAUGCCUAAUUUGACGAAAGGCUUUACACAGUACUAUAUAUUUCUAAACCUUACCACAUAUCAUAAUAUUUAUUUAAAAACAUUAUUUAAACUUAUUUUUUAUUUCAUUUUGAAUUUAACAAUGCUUAUGUAUGUUUUAUUUCAUUGCGUGCUAACUUGAUAGUAAGACAUUGUAACAUCCCUAAAUUAUAACGAGAAACCCUUUAUAGUUGAAGAGAGCAGCUUUACUCAAUUAUCAAGAAUUGAAAAUGGCUUAUUUAAACAUGAUUUCUUCAUAGAAAUGUGAUUCCAGUCAAGCUCCUUACAUUCCUGAUUACGGUUAAACUCCUUUAUCCAAGCAAAUCCACUUCGAUUAUUUUACUAUCCUUUUUUUGAACAUGUAUAGAAAAGUAUAAGGAAUAUUACAUUAUGCCAAGAAGCUCCAUGUUAUUUUCUUAGAUUUUCUGAAGCUGGAUAAUAAUUUUGUUCUCCAUGUUAUAACAGUAUUAUAAAUUAAUUAGUACAGCUGCCCUCUUCAACGACAUACAGUAAGGCAUACCAUCACUAGUCGGCCCCGAUUCUAGCUAUGCUGACUCUAGGAAGCACCUCUAUGGAAUAACCCGAAAAUCCUUUCUAGUUUAUAAGCGCACACUUCUUUGCAGUUUUGUAGACUAACAUGACAAGAAAUGACCAUUGUAAGCUUACUUUUUGGUAUGGUUCAAAUUAAAUCUGGCUUCGUACUGAUCGCUGUACCAAUAAACCUUGAGGUUAAUUUCACAACAGUAUUCAUUAAUUAAUUACUUCAAUUUUGUUGUAAAGUCCAACUAUAAAUGAAAUAACUUAAAUUAAAAUGUACAAUUGAUGGGUGAAAAAACACUGUGGUCGUUGGUUAAGUCUCAUGAACGAAGGUUAAAUAAAUAAUUUUGAAUUUUUACUAAGCUAAACAACGAAGUACCUAAGUAUUAAGUUGAUAAACAGGCUCCUCAUUAGUUUUAUGUGAAAAAAUAUGGUUUACCAACAUCCUUAUCCGGGAGGUCAUUUUUUGUCAUGGCUGUUGUCUCUGAACCACUCUAUUCGUUGUUAAUAUUAGCUAAGUCUCCUAAAUUAGGUUAAUAUAGAACGGAGUUAAGCUGAACGAGUUUCUCCAUUGCCAGUCGACAAUCAGUGCGCCACGCCAGUCUGCCUCGAUGCCUUCUGGAUCAAUUCUUCCUUCAACGCCAUUUCUUGUUCGAAACUACAACUUACUCUAUGACUUCCUCAGAACUAUAUUGCUACGAGUUCAAAAACCCUUAUUAAUUGCUUCCUUUCCAUUACAACACAUGGGGUAACAAAUGGGGUUCCUUUAGUCAUGGGGUAAGACUUUAGCAUUAAUAAAGUUUGGAUGCAAAACUCGGCGUUUGACAACUAUGAUAGAAUUAGUUUGAUUUUGUGGACAGUAAAAAGUAAACAAACAUUUUUUUGGACAACGUUUUUACUGAACUCGUUUUAUUUUAAGUUACAAACCACGUUUAAAAUAAACCAACCAGACCCUAUUGAGUCCAAGGUACUUUUUUUAACUACAUGCUUUAGUUUAAUUUGAAUUUAAAAUUGUCUUUAACGAAGCCCUAGAUUUAACGAUGGAAAUUCAAUAAAUGGAAUUAGUAAUUUAUCUCUUUCAAGAAAUCGUAGCAGGCAUAGGCUAAAUAAAUGGUCAAAAUAGUAUUUUUAAUACAUCCUAUACUUCCCUAAUUCACGCAUUUCCCAUUAGCAAACCUUUUAUAAUUUUAUUUUUAUAAAUAUCGCAUCCUUAAUACUUUGCGUGGUUUAAACCUCAACUUUCUGGCCUAACUAUAUCUAGUUUCGUAGGGUAAUCGUUAACCGGGUCCUGGUUACUGCAGGGCGCAUUUCUUUCCAAAAGGCUAUACACUGACUUUCAAAUAUGUUCACGGUUCUUAGACUUGAUCAUCUUGCAAGUAUUGUAAAUCCAACGCUUCAGCUAGUUUCUUAUCUUUCGCUGAAUCUGAAAGGCAAAGAGGUGGUUUAGCGUCAGUGGCGGAUCGCCAGGGGUACCCAAGAUAGUUCUUUUAGGUGACCUUGAGCAGCACAAUGUAUCUAAGUAUCUUAGUUCCUCGUUCCUUUUAGUGUACUCUUAGUUCAAUGUUACAUGUGAUGAUUCUCUUUGUAAUAUUAAUUAUGUAAUUAUUAUUAAGUAUUAAAGUAAAAUUUGUGAUGAUGGUUGUUCCAAUUUCUUACGUUGGUUGUCUCCUUUUUUAGAUGAAGAAAUAAAUGUUUCUUUUCAUCACUUCUCAUA